ACCGAAACUUCAGUUUAGUUUACUAGCGGUCCUCGAGUCGUAUCCUCCGCCGCGGCCGGCACACGGAAACGUACGCGGCCCGCCGAAAAAGAGAAACGUUAAAGACAGGAAGAGAAAAAGGAAUUAUCGCGGAUCUCGCAAAACGAUGACGUGAAGCGGCUGCGGCGACACACGGAGGAAAAAAAAAAUAAAAUCGCGAUAGUCGAGAGAGAGGAAGAGACGCGUAUUUUCGCUCGUUUUUCUGUGCCGAGUCUAUUCGUCUAUUUGUCUUCAACUAGCAGAGAAGCUGGCGGCACCGUAGAACGAAAUUUUAAUAUGCGUUUAUGAGAAUCUUCUCUGAGGGAAACUGCGAACAGACAAAAGAGGUACGGCCGAGAGAAAGGGUAGAGGACCGUAGGAAGGCAGAGGUCAGGAAGGACGACGGAACGGCGAAGGGGACGCGAGGAUGAGAUACAAGGUGAACGACCCGGAGGAUAAUGAGAGAGACACGGUGGAGAACGCGAAAGGAAACUCGGACGUCUCGUGGAAUUACAAUCAACGGGAUGAGAAGAAAUCGAGCGGGAAGGAGCUGCGGCUCGUAAUAGUAGUCGGAUUGUUAGCGGUGACCGUUAUCGCUCUUGUCGUAGCACUGACUUUGCAGAUAGCGGUCUUUAGCAAAGAAGAGUACAAGGAGAUGUGCCAGAGCGAGGAAUGCAUUAAGACAGCGGCGAGAGUGAUAGGCGCAAUGAACAGAUCCGUGAAUCCUUGCGAGGAUUUCUAUAACUUCGCCUGCGGUGGCUGGAUCAACAAGCAUCCGAUUCCUCAAAGUCAGAGCUUCUGGGAUCAAUUAAGUUUGCUCAGGGAGGAACUUUUGCAGAAUUUGAGGAUUCUACUCGAGGAACCGGAUAAGGAUACUGAUCUCGAGUCGGUGAAACAGGCAAGGGCCCUUUACAGGACCUGCAUGGAUGUCGCGACUGUCGAGGCUCUAGGAUUGGAGCCCAUCUUCGAGGUACUCAAUAGUCUAGGUUUGCCGAAGGAGCCUCCGAUGCAAAAUAAAAUACCGUCUCUGGACCUAUCGAGGGUAUCUGGCAUAGGGCAGCGAAUGCUAGGCUUGAACCUCUUCCUCAAUUUUUACAUCAGCGAGGACGUUAAGGACACCACGAGAAAUCGGAUGAUGAUGGAACAAGUAUCUCCCGGAUUUAGCGAGCGUUACUUGUUGGAUCCGCGGCGUUUCCAAUCGGAACUGAUGGAAUAUAAAAAGUACAUAAAGUCAAUGGUCGAAUUAGCGGGGGCUGGUAACAUGAGUGCGAAUUACGCUAAUGAGAUUUUGGAAUUUGGCACGAAACUCGCCAAGAUCAUGGCAACGAACGAGGAACGGCGCAGCUCAACUCAUCUCAUUCACGAGGUGACGAUCGACGAUUUGCAGCAGCUCACGGAUCUACGUGCGCUGCAGUGGAACUGGACGAGAUACUUGGAAGCCGUGUUCGAGAACACGAAUGUCACGAUAAAUCCGGCUGAGGACCGAGUUAUCGUCGUGGACCUGCAGUAUUUGCAAAAAUUGCCGGUGCUGUUGGCUGCCACCCCGCCCGCCACAAUAGUGCGAUACGUCUGGUGGAGCGUGUAUUCGACCGUUGCUCCCCUGACGUUGCAGAAGUUCCGCGACCUCGGCUUUCAGUUCUCGCAGAAGAUCUUCGGCCUGAAGGAGAAGACGCCGCGCUGGAAGGGAUGCACCGGGAACGUCAACGCGAACUUCGGCAUGGCGCUGAGUUACAUUUACGCGCAGAGGCAUUUCAACGAGCAGGCUCGAGAAAAGGCAUUGGAGAUGCUGCUGGAUAUCCGGGCGGCGUUCGACGAGAUGGUCAUGGAGGUGGACUGGAUGGAUGCAGGCACGAGAGCUCGAGCCCACAAAAAAUUACACGCGAUGAGGCCGUUCGUAGGAUUUCCCGACUGGAUCACCAACGCAAAGGAGCUAGAAAAAUUUUACGAAGGAGUAGAGGUGAUCGACGGCAAGUUGUUUGAGAGUUUCCUGAAGCUGACUGACGUGGCGAUGAAAAAGAGCUUCAAUAAUUUGCGCGAGAAGCCCGACAGAAGCAGAUGGAUAUCGACGGGCACGACAGUAAACGCGUUUUACAGCGCGAUAUUAAACUCAGUCACUUUUCCAGCUGGCAUCCUGCAUCCUCCGUUUUAUGGUAAUGGAUUGGAGUCUAUCAAUUACGGCGCUAUGGGGGCGAUUAUGGGCCACGAGCUUACGCACGGUUUCGACGACCAAGGUCGCCGGUACGACGAGAACGGGAAUCUACGGCAGUGGUGGAGCGACGAGACGUUGCGACACUAUCACGAGAAAGUGCAGUGUAUAAUCGAGCAGUACGGCAGUUAUCAUUUACCGGAGCUGGGCGAUAAUUUCACGGUGAACGGCAUCAAUACCCAGGGUGAAAAUAUCGCCGACAACGGCGGCAUCAGGGAAGCUUACAGGGCGUAUCAGAGGCUGAUUGCACGCAAUCCGUAUCAACAAGCUCUACCUGGUCUCGUAAACUACAGCAACGAGCAGUUGUUCUUCUUAGGUUUCGCACAGGUCUGGUGCGGCAAUUAUACGAAUGGAGCGUUGAAGUCAAAAGUGAUAGAAGGUGUCCACGCGCCAAAUCAUUUUCGAGUCAUCGGCACGCUGUCGAACAAUGCGGAAUUUGCAAAGGCCUGGCAGUGCCCGCUCGGUAGUCCAAUGAAUCCCGCGCACAAGUGUAUCUUGUGGUAAACAUUCUUCGCCUUCUUCCGAGCGAUAUAAAACGCAACGACGUCUAGAAACUUGUGUUAUCUCGUUCGGUAAUCUCUUUCUCUAGUGACAGAAGAAGGCAGAAGAAGUUGGUGCAGUGAUAAGUCUAAGAAAUUGUAAAUAGACUGAUUUAUAAUUAUAGGAACUAGCAAGUAAUUUAUUAAGCAUUUAGUCGUUCUACUCUUAUUCUUAAGUUUAUCAUGUAAAUAUGAUAUGAAUGAAAAAAAAACUUUUAUAAAGAGACUCUCGCAAUUGAA